AUGCAAUUUGUCGAAGGAUCCCUCCCUUCCCAUAAACCAUCCCUCCUGGAUUCAUCAGGCGCCUUCGGUGGCCGAUUCUGGUCCUUGGAAACACCCAUCGCCAACCUCGAAGCCACCACCGCCGCUCCCGCCAGUUUGACGGCAGCAUCAUCGUUCAUUGAUUCCGACUAUCUGCGCAGUACCCAAGUCGACCAUCAACAGCCCGGCAACCUGGCGGCUCUUGCAAUCCCCCCACCCGGAAUGGGUACGGCGCUUGAUGCGCUAAACACUGCACCGCAGCCUCUGACUGCGCGCCGCCCAGCGGCCUCCAAUCUGCCCGUAUUCGAACUUCCUCCACCGACCAACUUUGGUCAUAUGAGUGCCACCUCCAAAUUCCCUACUCUUUCGCCUGUGAAUGCGCUCUCCAACGUCAGUAACCUACUCACGCCUCCUUCGAACCAUUCUACCGAAGGCACCAACCACAACAUCUCGGCCUCCUACUCAACCGCCGGCCCUGACAUUCCGGCCUACUCAAACCUGUGGCCGAACCAAAACUCCUACAGCUACGCUGCUCCUUCGCACACUUCCUGGGGUCCCAAUUCCUCUACUCUCUACUCCACCCAGCGAGGCGCCAUCUCACCCGGAGCAGCAUCUCUAGGUCGAAGUAGUGUCACACUUCCAUCGUCAAACCCAGAAGGCAUGUCGCAGCAGUACGAUCUCAACCAUCUGCCCCAUCCUUUCCACCAACAAUCUAUCCCCGUUUCAUCACCACAGGGGCAGCAUCAGCAGCAGGCGGCGAUGAUGUCCAACAGUAUACCCACGACAUCAACUGCCCAGUCCCAUGCCAUGAUCUCCGGGGAUCCUUAUUCGAAAUCCGCCGGGGCGCAGAUGUACAGCCCAUCUCAGUCUGUGGCGACCCACCCUAGCGCCUAUCCUCCGCCUUCUUACGGAACUUCGGCCCAGAGCGGCCUGGGUAUUCAUGCCCGGAUGCCAUCUCUGCAGUCGCCGCCCAUUCAACAGCCCCAACUUGGAUACAACCGAGCACCGUGGCCGUCAUACUCGCUCCCUGCCAUGAAUGGGCCAAUUAUGACAAAUGUACACAAUCCCAAUGGCCAUAUGUCUGUGAUGGGCAACAUGCCCCAAGGGCUUAUGCCCAAUUUCACCAGCGGUCAUCUGGCUAGUAUGCAACACAUGUACGGAGGACACGCGUCGCACCACCCCGGCCACGGCCAGCCACCCCCCCCGAAUGAUCGACCAUUCAAAUGCGAUCAAUGUCCUCAAAGUUUCAACCGCAACCAUGAUCUUAAGCGGCACAAGCGCAUCCAUCUGUCGGUCAAGCCUUUUCCAUGCACGCAUUGCGAAAAGAGUUUUUCUCGCAAGGACGCUUUGAAGCGGCAUUUACUGGUCAAGGGAUGUGGGAAGAACACGGAUAGUGGUAACAAGGAUGAGGAGGGCCUAACCAAGACAGAAUCACACAGCGACAGGGCCAGUCCGUUGUCGAAUGGGAUCUAA